AUGGCCCGCUUCGCUCUUUCCACCCUCGCCGUCUACGUCUGCCUGGCCCUCACUGCCACGGCUCUGCCUAUGAACGACAACCCUGGCAACACUGUUGGUAACGCUGCCGCCGCCGACACUGCUAAGGGGGCCCUUAUGGACGCCGCCGAAAUGAUGGAUGUCAUGAAAGCAAGCGAAAACCAGAACCAGCAGAACGGCCUCAACUUCCCUCAGACCAACGACAAGGACACCAAGGAGCCCACGCCCUCCAAGGAGGAUGACAUGGCCAAGAAGAACUCCGAGAUGGAGUCUUCCAAGGAGACUAAGAACAAGAUGGCUCAGACUCCCCAGACCCCCAGCGGUACCACUCCCCAGGCUUCGCCUGCCGCCGCCAGCACCAGCGCCUCUCCAACCCCCCAGGGCACCCACAAGACCGACAGCCCUCUGGCCGGUCUCCCAGUUGUCGGUGGUCUCUUGAGCGGUGGUGGCCUUAUUUAA